AUGCCUUCUUCUUAUCAAGCACUACUUUAUACACCCUCCUCUCCAAGCUUAUUUGAUGAUGAUCCUGAGGUCAAUGAUCGGUUAGAAACUUCAGACUUUUUACUUGAUCAGCAACAUCAUUGGAUGUCUGCCUUUCCAUCAGCGAGUACAACAAGAACAACCCCUCACCAUGAGGAGGAGAUGCAAGAACUACAUCAUGAUGAAGAUUCUCUAUUCAAUGACGAUGACCUCAUGAUCGUUUCCAAUAACAACAACAAUUACAACAACCACCACAUCAUGACCACUCACCAAUAUAACAAUUUCAAUGACACGUACGCAUCGAUGGAUCAUACUCAACAUUCCUUGGCUAAUGACUCGACGAAUGUGGCUUUUCUAAGUGCAUCCACUCAUUGGCAGAGGAAUCUUCCUUACGUUGCUCCUGUUGAAGCACUCGUCUCCAAUCAACAAACCCAUUCACAACACGUGGUGCCACCAGAAGAUGAUGUCUCCUCUUCUUCAAAAUAUUGGAACAUGGCUGAGGAAGAAGAUGGUGAAUGGUUGAAUACUUCAGAGACCUUAAUACAGAGUGAUUCAAAUACAUGGAAAGACUUGUUGAACAAUGGCCACAAUAAUAACACUCACUCUGAGUCCAGCACUCCCUACAGCAACUUGGUGAUCAGAAAAAACAUCUUUGUAGCUCGUCCGUUCACUGAACUGAUUAUUGAGGAAGGAGAAAUUUCUGACAUGGUUGCAGCGAAAGGAAGCAAAAAUUCAAAUUCAAAUUCGCAAGUGAGUUCUCACCUUAAUAUUACGAUGGAAGAAGAACCUGCAGUUCCUGAAGAGACAACUGACAGCGGUGAUCAUCUUCACGCUGUUACUGAGUCAACCAAACAAUCACAAGAAACUACCGAUGAUAGCUCCACCGAUGAGGAAGAAGACCCAGACUAUAUUGAGGAAGAGGAAAUGGAAGAGAAAAACCAAACAAGAAAAACACGUCAGUCCAUCAAACGGAAGAGAACUAUUGUGUGUGACUCUACCGAUGAAGAAGAGUCUCAAGAGAUGCAGGCAUCGACCUCUUCAUCCAUGUUGACAAAGCCAAGCAAAAAAGAGAAAAAGCUCAGGAAGAAGAAAACAAGUAACAACGAGAAGGCUAAACUUGAAAAGGAUGAAAAACCUCUCAGAACCAUGAGUGGUAAAAUUGCUGAACGUUUCUCUUCCUCAAAUCAUGGAACCAUCUCCGAGGCGCUUACCGUUGUCCCAAAUGAAUUCAAUGACAUCACUGCUCCUCAUUUGCGAGUGGAUUUGGACAUGCCAUGUUCAGAUAUGUAUGUGAAACCAGCAAUAUUUGUCAAAAAUGGUGUUACAAAGAAAGAUGACAGUCGAUCAUCCAUAUUCACUGUGAAUGUUUCAUUACAAUGGAGUUCUGAGACUUUGAAGAGCAAGGUCAAGCUAGAGAAUUUGAGGCUACUCAUUGUAUCAGACAAGCAAACAAAGAAAAUUGAUGGAGAAAAGCUCAACGUCAUGAUGAUCAAAAACUCCAAUUUAAGUACUUACGCUUUGAAAUUGAGCUACCUUGCAAAGGAUCCAAAUGAUAAGGAUCUCUUGUCUAUUGUACAGAUUGAGGAAUACCAAGACAAGUAUGUGUUCAAGUGUCAAGUAUCAACCUCCAACAAUGCAAGUGGAUGGAAGAACAAACACAAUGAUUAUAAGGUGUUGGUGUUUGAUACGAGUGAUAGUGGCGUGUUUGGAGGCAUUUCACAAGGAUUCAAAGUAGCUAAGGCACCUAAAUCUCAAUCAAAACAACAAGAUCACGACAGCAAUUCUUUCGACCUCUCUCAGGACUGUGCCGACUGUCUGUCCAAUGUUUUCAUUCAGCAAGGUAAAAAGAAAAGAAAACUGCAAAUAUCCAAGCCAACCAUCGUCAAACAUUCCGGAAAACUGUACAAAAUCACAGUUCAAGAGAUUUCAAAGCCAUAA